AUGUUGGCCCACAGCAUGGCUAACAGCAGCGCUCCUUUGGUUCUCCCUACCUUACUGCUCCUGCUGCAGAACAAGAGCUUCCCCGAAGCCUCCAUCUCUCCGGCUGGCUACGAGAUGGCGGAGUCACCCCCGGGACCCGGCUCAAGCAGGGACCACCCUGUCUUGCAGUAUGAGCCGAGGCCGGGGGAAAUUGCAGCAGCCGGCACCGUUUUGGGAGCGCUGUGGCUGAUUUCCGUCUUUGGCAACUCUCUCGUUUGCUUAGUGAUCCACAGGAGCAGGAGGACACAAUCCACAACCAACUAUUUUGUGGUCUCCAUGGCUUGUGCAGACCUUCUCAGCAGCGUCGCGAGCGUGCCCUUCGUGCUGCUCCAGUUUGCCUACGGCAGGUGGGUGCUGGGGAACGUGAUGUGCAAGCUGGUCAGGUACGUACAGUACCUCGCCCCUGGAGUCCAGAUCUACGUGCUCCUCUCUAUCUGCCUGGACCGAUUCUACACGAUCGUCUACCCCCUGACCUUCAAAGUGUCGAGGGAGAGAGCCAAGAAGAUGAUUCUGGCCUGCUGGCUCUUUGAUGCUCUCUUGGCGUCACCGGCUUUCUUCUUCUACGGCUCCAACAGCGACGACCACUGCAACUUUUUCCUCCCUGAUUCUUGGGAAGGAGCCAUCUACGGUAUCGUCCACCUCUGCGUGGUGUUCUUCAUCCCAGCCAUCCUCAUCAUCCUCUUCUACUGGAAGGUCUUCAAGUACAUUUGGAGGAUAGGCACCGACGGUAGGGCUGUCAGGAGGACGACGAAUAUUGUCCCAAGAGCAAAAGUGAAAACCAUCAAGAUGUUCUUAAUGCUAAACGUGGACUUUCUCCUGUCCUGGCUCCCUUUUUACGUGGCGCAGCUGUGGCACCCGCAGGAAACAGACUACAGAAUGAGCUCCGUGGUUUUCCUGGCCAUCACCUGCAUCUCUUUCAGUUCGUCAGCCUCUAAGCCCACCCUCUACUCCAUCUAUAAUGCCAACUUCAGAAGAGGGCUGAAAGAAACAUUUUGCAUGUCCGCCAUGAAAUACUACAGAAGCAACACCUACACCAUCACCACCAGUUCCUGCAUAGCCAAGAAAAAUCACGUUGGCAUCGCAGAUGAAGCAGCUCCGGCCAAACCUGUCACCAAGGACUCCAUCUAUGACGCUUUUAACAGAGAAGCAAAAGAAAAAAAGCUUGCCUGGCCUAUUCAGUCCAAUCCUCCAAAUACAUUUGUCUAG